GUGCGCCUCAGCCCCAGCCCGGGCUCCAGGCUGAAUUCCGCUCGGUGAGAUUAGCCGCACGCUCCGUGUCCGAGGCUCUUGGCCGGUGAGAUGGAAGAUUUUCAAGGUAUAGCGGAAGCAUCAUUGCCAAGCUUUUUAACCAAUUCAGUACUUGGUAAUAGUGGGAUUUUGGAAAAUGUCACUCUGUCUUCAAAUCUUGGCUUGCCUGUUGCUGUUUCCACACUUGCUAGAGAUAGGUCCAGCACUGAUAAUAGGUGUUCUGGUGUCCAGGCAUCUUACUUAGCAGAAGGGAAGUUUUCAGUUCCAUCUGAGUCAUCUCCUGGUAGCCAGAGUGAUGUUGAACCGAGAGAGAGACUGCAGUUUAGCUUCCAUGAUGAAGAUUCUAUCUCUAGGGAAAAGGACUAUAUGAAAAGUCAACAUUUGUCAAAUGCUCUCAUGAAACAGUUAGCUUUUCAAAGUGAUGUAGCAAGAACCGAAGAGGAGCGAGCUAAAACUACAGGAUCCUUCCAGGGCCAAGAUCUUUUUGAUAGGGUUUUGCCACUGGACCAAAUACAAGACUCACCUGUUGAUUUUUGUUUACGAUCAUGGAUGAAUAAUAAGGAACACAAGAUUGUUGUGCCCGAUACUGGAAAACAUUUUGAGGACAAGACUCCAAACAGUGACUUAAGCCAUGCUAGCUUAUUAGAAAAUGAGAAACUUAUGUCAUUGACAAGCUUGGAAGAUUCUUCUGAUGAUGAUAUUGAUGAUGAAAUAUUUUAUGAUGAUCAUUUGGAGGCUUAUUUUGAACAGCUGGCAAUUCCAGGAAUGAUAUAUGAAGACCUAGGAGGACAGGAACCUCCAGAAGAAGAUUUUAAGUUACCUACAAGUGAUCCUAGUCAGGCAAAUGAAAACAGUAGCCUAAGCUGUAGAUUUCAGUCAGAAAAUAACAGCUCUCUGAUUUCCCAUGGUUCACACUCCUCAGGAAAUUCUGAAAUGACUCACGGCGAGUCUGAGGAAGGCCAUAUAAUUUGUCCACCUGGGACCCGUAAUUCCAUACGUGCUGGAAAUAGUAGAAGGCAUGUAGAUUGUGUGUUACCAUUUUCCUCUAGUACUUGUAGAAUUGAGAAAGGAAGGGCAGAAAGUUUGAAGGCUAUUGCUCCAGAUCAUAGCAGAGAAAGUGCAAGAGAAGAUGUUCUGGUGAAGACUGUCAGGGUUACUAAUGUGAAACUUAACCCUGUUUAUUUUCAUGACACAAAUGCUGAUAAAGGUGGUUUUCUCCUAACUGACCCCAUGAAACAGGGGCCAGAAUCUUCUCAUCAAAAUCAGCAUUCGGCGCCAGAUUCAGAAACAGUUUUGCACGUGGAUGGAUGCUUAGACACUGAGACUUCUACAGUGCAUGUUCAAAAAAAUGUGGACAUAGCAUCUUUGAAGCCUGUUAGUGACAAUGGAAUUAAUUCCACUGCUACUCUUUCAUCACCAACUUGUGAAGGGCAAACCUGUGAAUGUUAUGAGUCCAUUGAAAAGAGUAAAGACCAAAUGGAUCUCCCACAGAGUGUGGUCUAUCAAAAUGAAGAGGGCAGCUGGGUUACUGACCUUGCCUAUUAUACAUUCCUUAAUAAUGAACAAGAUUUAAAUAUGUCUCUAAAUGAUGAGAUGAAUGAAUACUUCAGAUCUGGUUCUGAAGCUUUGGAUUUGAUUGCGCAAGAUGAAGAAGAAUUUAAUAAAGAGCAUCAAUUUAUACAGGAAGAAAACACAGAUGUUCAGGACACUUCAGUUGUACUAGGGAAUACGUCCUGGGGAGCUACGGUUAAUUACAGUCUGUUGAGGAAAUCACUUAGCACAUCAGAUUUGGACAAAGAUGAUGCCAGUUAUUUACGUCUAUCUUUAGGAGAGUUCUUUGCUCAAAGAUCUGAAGCUCUUGGUUGCCUUGGUGGUGGUAACGAUAUGAAAAGACCAUCAUUUGGUUAUUUUAUUAGAUCACCAGAGAAGAGAGAACCUAUUGCUUUAAUAAGAAAAUCUGAUGUGUCAAGGAGUAAUUUGGAAAAAGGAAUGGCUCAUUUUACCCAUGAUCAGUUUUCAGGAGAUUUAAAUGAACAAUCCCCGGCACAACUAAACGAAGGAUCAAUUACACUUCAGGUUGAAGCACUGGAGAGUAAUUCACAAGUGGAUGAAAAUGAUGUGACCUUAAUUGCUGAUAAAGGGAAAACAGAGGACACUUUCUUCAUGAAAAACAAACUCCAUAGAUGCAAAGACAAGCUGCCUGGUAGUGGUGAUUCUGUGCUGAGUAUAAGCACCAUUGCUUCAGCCAUUGCAGAUGCCUCAGUUAGUUCUGAUCCUUCUCAGCUUGCUGCCAUGAUUAAGGCACUUUCAAAUAAAACCAGAGAUAAGGCUUUUCAGGAAGAUGGUAAACAGAAGGAAUGUUCUAAUGUGUCUCAUUUCUUACCUAAUGAUUUAGAAAAAAGUAAUGGAUCCAGUGCAUUUGAUAUGGAGAAAUACCUUAAAAAAACAGAUGUUAGUAGAUGUGAAGGUGGAUUGGAAAACUUUUCAAGAUGUAGUAUGUCUGAUAUUUUGGAUUCAUCUUUGCCAAAAGAACAAAUUAAAGACAUCCAUACAAUGGACUUAGGUGCUACUGAUAUAAGUGUAAGGGAACCAAAAGAAAACAUAGCAGCUAUUUUUUGUGGUGAAAAUGGAGAGAGUGAGAACCAGGAAUCAUUUAGAACUGCAUACUCUUCAAGUUCAGUGCUGACAAAUAUAAGAGACAAUGAGAGUGCAGCAGUUGAUUUGAAAACAAAUUCCAUUGACAACAAAUUACCAGAUAUUGGUAACAGUGAAAAAGCUACCUCAGUUUCCACUCCCACAGCUACGUAUUCAUCAGUAAAGAACCCCAGAACAACAUCCCUUUGGCUGUCAGAAGAGUGUGAAGAAAUACAAGAUGAUAGAGAGAAUCAGAACAGAAAUGAGUAUGUUAGUGAAACAAGCAACAGUGAAAAGCAUGUGACUUUUGAAAAACAUUGUGUAGUCUCACCUAAAAAUACUGAUGUGAAAAGUGCGUCUGCUGAGCAUGGUGGACAUGGCAAAGAGGAGGACCAUGAAAGAUUCAGACCUUCCACUUCACCACUUAGUCACUCUUCUCCCAGUGACAUUUCUGGAACAAGUUUAUCAGGGUGUGCUGUAGAGUCUUUUGGUUCAACAACACAUCAUCAGAAGCCCCCCUGUGAGAGUGAGUUGUCUCAGUUGACAUAUACACAUGCUAGUGUGAGCAGGCUGACCUAUGUGUCUGAACAAGAGAGCACCUAUCCUACCACAGCUACAGGUUAUGACCCAGAGGACCAUAAGAGUGAUAUCACCAGUGAGUUGAGCACCACGAUUAUUCAAGCCAGUCCAGCUCCAUCAGAGGAACAGUCUGUGGAAAAGUCAAGAGAAAACGUUCCACUUCAGAAUAGAGGAAAAGGAACAUUAUCAUCUAUUAUCCAGAUCAACAAUGAUAUGAAAAAACUGAUUGAAACUACUUCUCUGGAUAGCAAACUCGAAGACAUAAAAUCUAACAUUAGAGCCAGUAAAGAUUCUUCCUCCAAAAACGGAGAUCUGUCAAACACCAGUCAGGUAGGUUUGACACUAAACCCCAGUGAAUUGGACCCGAUCAGUUUGGCUCUCCUUAGAAAGUCAGGUCUGAGCCCUCAGGCUGGGGCAGCCAUGUCACACCUCCCUGUGUCAUGCCAGGAGUCUGUGAGAGAAGAUCAAAGAAUAACCUCUACAGAUAUGUCAACUGCCAGCAGUGAAUUCUGUGGCCCAGUCACUAAUGGGCCCACCUCUGGAACCCAGCAUAUGCCUGUUCCCAGUGUCAUGGUUCCUGGUUGUGCUGCUGCGAUGCAGAACGUGCCGGCUGCAGCUCCUAUGCUCUUGACUCCACAUUCUCUUAGCACAGCUUCCUUUGCCCAGCAGUAUUUGGGAGCACUGUCUUCAGCUGGAAGUGUUGCUUUCCCUCAGUGCCAUGCUGGCAGCGCCACAGUCUGUGGGUUCUCAGGAAGCUGUCCUUACCCUGCAGUCGCAGGAGAGCAUGUGCAGAACUCGGUGGCAGUGGGACUUUGUCUAGGACCAAAUAUCAGCUCUGGAUUGAUGAGUACCUCUUCCCUUUAUAACCCAUAUUCUAAUGCCUUAAAUCAGAACCUGCUAAGCACAGCAAAACCUUUUCCUGUGCAAUCUGUUGGUGCAAAUUGUGGAAUUGAACCGUGGGAUUCAGGAAUGAUGUCAGGAUUUGGGAAUGUAAGAGUACCUGAGGAACUGAAGUUUCCUCAUGCUUGCUGUGUCGGUAUUGCUUCACAAACUCAUCUUAGUGCACUCAAUCCAACUGACCGCUGGCUGCAAGUCAGCAUUGGGGUUCUCAGUGUUAGCGUUAAUGGUGAAAAGGUGGAUCUUUCAACAUAUCCUUGUUUAGUUUUUAAGAAUAAAGUCAUCAUAAGACCUCAUGCCACAGAAAAGAUAAAAGUACUUUUUAUACCAUCUGAUCCUGGGAUUUUCCGAUGUAUAUUCAGUGUUGCUUCUUGGCCGUUUUCGGCAGAUGUUGAGACGAUAGCACAAGCGGAAGCUUUGGCAAGCAGAGUCAUUCUCACUGCUAUCGCUGAGACCCCUGCCAUUGAGGUAAAAACAGACAAGAAAGAUGUUCUUGAUUUUGGUGAUUUGACUUACGGAGGUUGGAAAGCUCUCCCAUUAAAAUUGAUAAAUAGGACACAUGCCACCGUGCCAAUCAGACUGAUUAUUAAUGCUGAUGCGAUAGCCUGGCGCUGCUUCACGUUUUCCAAGGAACCCAUCUGUGCUUCUGUGAAAGCUGCUCCUUAUGCUGAUGUAGUCACUCAGCUGGCAGCCACUUCAGUGGUCAAUCACCUGAUGCCUGCCAGUUACGAUGGACAGGAUCCAGAAUUUCUGAUAAUUUGGGUUCUUUUCCAUAGUCCAAAGAAACGAAUCAGUUUUUCAGAGAUUCUAGACUCAGCAGAAGAAUUCUUGGCAAGAGUUGAUAUAGAAGUUGACAGCCCAAACCCUACACCAGUUCUUAGAAGCGUUGGUCUCCGGGCAAGAGCAGGAGUAGCUAGGAUACAUGCUCCGAGGGACUUACAGACUAUGCAUUUGUUGGCCAGUGUGGAUUCCUUAACAAAGCAACACUUACCUUUGAAAAAUGCUGGGAAUAUUGCAGUUUAUUUAGACAUCAAGGUCCCAGAACAAGGAAGUCACUUUUCAGUGGAUCCAGAGAAUCUAUUCCUUAAACCUGGAGAAGAACGUGAAGUUAUAGUUUCAUUUAUUCCAAAGGAUGUCAAAGUCUGUGAGGAAAGGAUCUUGAAAAUAUUUGUGCAGCCAUUUGGACCUCAGUAUGAAGUAGUAUUAAAAGGCGAAGUAAUAGUUUCUCCAGGAAGUAAACCUCUGCCACCUGGAUCUUGCUGUUCAGAUAUUCCAUCAAUUUUGUCCAACAAGCAGUUUCUGGCUUGGGGAGGUGUCCCUCUUGGAAGAACACAGCUUCAGAAACUAGCUUUAAGAAAUAAUUCUACAUCUGCAACCCAACACUUACGACUGCUUAUUAGAGGACAAGAUCAGGACUGCUUUCAGUUUCAGAAUACCUUUGGUUCAGAAGAACGAUUGACCAGUAACUAUGAGAUCAGAAUUGGCCCGAAAGAAGACAUUAUCAUCUCUGUAUUAUUUGCACCUACUCGAUUAUCUUGUAUGUUGGCUAAACUAGAAAUCAAACAGCUUGGAAAUCGAUCACAACCAGGCAUUAAGUUCACAAUACCUUUGUCUGGAUAUGGAGGAACAAGUAAUCUCAUUUUGGAAGGUGUUAAAAAAUUAUCUGACAGUUAUAUGGUAACAGUGAAUGGCUUAAUACCUGGCAAAGAAAGUAAAAUUGUUUUUUCUGUCCACAACACUGGCUCUCGUGCAGCUUUUGUUACAGCAGUAGGUUUUAAGGAUUCUCAGAAAAAAGUUUUACUGGAUCCUAAAGUAUUAAGGAUUUUUCCAGAUAAAUUUGUGCUCAAGGAAAGAACACAAGAAGAUAUUACUUUAAUAUAUAAUCCAUCAGACAGAGAGAGCUGUUAUAAAACUGGAACGGAACUGUCAACUAUAUACUUCUUUGGUGGAGAUGAAAUUUCAAGACAGCAGUAUCGAAGAGCCCUAUUACAUAAACCAGGGAUUAUAAAACAGAUACUUCCAGAACAUAGUGUGCUGAAAAGCAUGAAUUUUGCUGAAACAUUUCAAGAUGAGCUACUAGUAACUGAAGUGUAUGAUCUUCCCCAACGGCCUAAUGAUGUUCAGCUCUUUUAUGGGAACAUGCGUAAAAUUAUACUUUCAGUAAUUGGAGAAUUCAGAGAUUCCAUUUCUAGCAGAGAAUUUCUUCAGCCUUCUUCCAAAGCUAGCUUGGAAUCUAAAAGUGAAUCAGAAUCUUCUGGAAAACAUAGUGGCAAUGUCUCUUUGGAUGUUUUACCAGUUAAAGGUCCUCAAGAUUGUCUUCUCUCACAAGCUGUUCACCCACCUCAAGAUAAAUCAGUCACUGAAGAGAUAUGGACUGUCCAGCCUGAACACUUGAUUUUGGUAGCUCCUUCUCCUUGUGACGUGGCAAAGACUGGACGCUUCCAGAUUGUAAAUAAUUCUGUUAAUUUACUGAAAUUUGAGCUGUACUGGCCGGCUCAUUGCCUCACAGUCACACCACAACAUGGAUUUAUUGCACCAGAGAGUAAACUACAAAUUCUUGUGAGUCCGAAUUCCUCCUUAUCCACGAAACAGUCAAUGUUCCCAUGGAGUGGUUUGAUCUAUAUACACUGUGACAGAGGACAGAAGAAAAUUGUGAAAGUUCAAAUUCGGGAAGAUUUGACUCAGGAAGAGCUUUUACCUCGUUUGGCCUCCAGCUCAUGUGGAGUUCUUCCUUCAGCAUCUGAGCCUUCAGUUAGUCAUUUGGUAAAACCGAUAACAAAACCACCUUCCACGAAGGUUGAAAUAAAAAACAAGACUGUUACUUUUCCUGUGACAGAGCCUGGUAAAACUUCAGAGAGCUGGCUGGAGCUCGAGAAUCAGGGCACCACGGCUGUGAAGUGGCACCUAUCGUCUUUAGCGCCACCUUAUGUCAAGGGAGUUGAUGAAAGUGGAGAUAUUUUUAGAGCUACCUAUUCAGCAUUCAGAUGUUCUCCUAUUUCUGGUAUACUGGAAAGUCACGGAAUGCAAAGGGUCUCCAUCACAUUUUUGCCCAGAGAUAGAGGGGAUUAUGCCCAGUUUUGGGAUGCUGAGUGUCACCCACUUAAAGAGCCUCACAUGAAACACAUGCUGAGAUUUCAGCUCUCUGGACAAAGUGUCAAAGGAGAAAAUGAAUCUGAAGGUGCAUGCGUGUCCAUGGCCACCCUCGCUAAAAUAGAUAAUUUAGUUAAGCCCCGAAGACAAGCUGUGUCAGCAGCUUCUGCUCUGAUACCUGGGCAGCUUGAUUUGACUCACCGUGGAGUUUAUGCCCCGGAAGAUAUGUACAGGUUUCUCCCAACUAGAGUGGGGGAAUCAAGGACGCUGAAGGUCAAUUUGCGAAACAAUUCUUACAUUACACACUCGCUGAAGUUUUUAAGUCCCAGAGAGCCUUUCUACGUCAAACAUUCCAAAUAUUCUUUGAGGGCCCAGCACUACAUCAACAUGCCCGUGCAGUUCAGACCAGAGUCCGUGGGCAAAUUUGAAGCUUUGCUUGUUAUUCAAACAGACGAAGGCAAGAGUAUUGCUAUUCGACUAGUUGGUGAAGCUCUUGAAAAAAACUAACUAGAAUACAUUUUGUGUAAAAUAAAUUGCAUGUUAUAUUUUGGCAGCUUCAUUUUUUUACACUACAAUUAUGCCUUUGUAUAUAUUCUGUAUGAUAAAUUGGAUAUGUAUAACUACAGUUAUUUUGUUUUGAGAAGCGAAUACUGAAAACCUGACUAAAAUAUCAUGUAUUUAGCCUACAGUAUUGUACUUAACUUUUACAGGGGAGAAGAGAGUUCAUUUUUAAACUGAUUAUGAUAUUCUGA